CAACAUUCAACAAACAAAUUUGAUUUUUGUAUCAUUUUUUCAUUUCAUAUCAACAAGUUGGCGCCAACAUUGAACUUCUUAUUCAAUGGGCGCCAAUCAACAAACCGAAGUUAAAGACACCAUAUUCUUCAAGAAUUCAUUCGAAUCAAUAAACAAUUAUCUGAUUUAAAUUUUGAUGAAAAAGCCGAUGUGAUUCGAAAACAAACGUUCGCUCUUCAAGAGCUUACCAAGUUGUCAGCAGAAGUCUCAAAGAUGUCUGUUUUUCGAAAUUACUUGGAAGAAUUCUCAAACCCUGACGAUUCCUUUUUGUCGCAUAUUAAAAAACGUAAAAAAGGAGUUGAUAAUUUGCUCUCCGCUCUGCCCCAUCGAUUGACAUCACUAAAAGAUUCUCCAGAAAUGUUCCUUAAAGAAAAUAAUAUUGUCUUGGAAUCAGAGUGCUCAGGCAAUUACGAAAGUUGUAAUAAAUACGAAGUCAAUGCGUAUGAUCUGAAAGCUUUUCAAAAGGUAUUUGGACCAGUAUUGCCACAGGAGGUUAAAACACCUCCUAGGAAGAUUAUUAGGUGUGAGGCUCUUAAGGGCCACAGUAAUAGUUUAAUUUCCUGCCCAACAAAUCCAUUGCUAAGCACAAAAACACUUUCUCCGAAAAGUACUUCGGUUGCAUCGACUUCAUCAAAAUUUUCAGGUUUUCGAACAGCGAGAGAGGAGUUUAUUAUACAAAAUAUGAAAAAAAAUGGAGACGAUUGCAGCACUUCAUCUUCUAAUAACCUUUUUAAUUAUGGUGCAUCAAAAAAGUCUCUGGGUGCCAGAAGAAACGUUCGUUCUGGUUUUGUGCCACCUGUACGCCAAGAAGACAGUGGAUCCUCUAGAUUUACACCACCAGAUAGCAUUGAUGCAUCCCCUACUGAGCCAUUAGACGAACGCCUAAGAAAUAUUGAUCCAAAGAUGGUAGAGCUUAUAACAAAUGAAAUUAUGCACAAGUACAAACCGAUUGACUGGAAAGAUAUAGCUGGAUUGGAAUACGCUAAAUCUACCAUAAAAGAGGCCGUAGUGUGGCCUUUACUGAGGCCAGAUAUUUUUACAGGGUUAAGACGCCCACCUAGAGGAAUUCUUCUCUUUGGGCCUCCAGGAACGGGUAAAACCCUAAUUGGAAAAUGUAUAGCAUCGCAAUCGCGGUCUACAUUCUUUAGCAUUAGUGCAUCUUCUCUUACGUCGAAAUGGGUCGGUGAUGGAGAGAAAAUGGUUCGAGCGUUGUUUGCUGUUGCUGCGGUUAAUCAACCCUCGGUUGUUUUCAUUGACGAAAUCGAUUCGCUGCUCUCCCAACGUUCGGAGAGCGAACACGAGAGCUCCCGCAGACUUAAAACGGAAUUCCUUGUUCAGUUGGAUGGUGCUAAUACAUCAGACGAUGAAAGAAUUCUAAUUGUCGGAGCUACAAAUCGACCACAAGAACUUGAUGAGGCUGCUCGGCGUCGUUUGGUUCGUCGAUUAUAUAUUCCGUUACCUGAAUCGACAGCACGAAUACAAAUCCUCACUAAUCUUCUGAAAACCGUUCGUAAUAGUAUAACAGAAGAAGAGAUUUUAGAGGUAGGAAAUUUAACUGGUGGUUAUUCGGGAGCUGACAUGGAGACACUAUGUCGUGAAGCUUCAAUGGAACCAAUUCGAUCUAUUCCACCAGAGGAAAUACCAUUCUUUAGCGAAGAGAAUGUACGCCCAGUGCAAGUUAAUGACUUCCAUCUAGCAUUGAAAAGAGUGAAAGCUAGCGUAUCGGAAAAAGAUUUACAGCAAUAUGCCGAUUGGAAUCGGAUCUACGGAGCAGGACAGCAAUGAUAUGAUGAUUUAUAUCUGGAACAGAUGAUUUAUAUCUGGGAAGGUGCUCCUAAGACCCACUUGAGUUAUUUGGAUACAAUUCAAAAUAGAGCUUUUAAAAUGAUAGAUGAUAGGUUCAUUACUGAUACAAUCCCACCACUUGAGCACCGCCGGAAUGUAUCAUGCCUGUCCUUAUUUUAUAGGUACUUUUUUAAAAAAUGUUAUAAUGAAAUAGCUAGCUGCAUUCCUCCCCUUAAACAAUUCAACCGUAAUACUCGUACUUCAAGGAAUGCCCAUCAGUUUACACUUAAGCCCAACUUCGGACGUACCGUCAAAUACAGAGAUUCUUUCUUUAGUCGUACUACUAGAAUGUGGAAUGCAUUACCCGCCUCAGUUUUUCCCUCCCAUUUUAAUGUUCAGAACUUUAAAACCAAUGUGCAUCAGUAUCUCCUUUUACAUCCCUUCCUCUUUUCCUAAACCUCGUACUGUGUAUAUAUACAUAUUAAGGGUACCCAAAACCCCUUUAGUGCGCGCUCAUUAUAAAAAAAAAAAUAUAUCAUUCUAUAAUUUAAACAUUUUUAUGGAUCAGUAUUUUGGUAUAUUUUUUAGUGCACUCUCUUAAUAAAACAAGACACACAAAAAUUGUAAUAUAAUUACAGAUUAUUUUAUGUUGAACAAUGAACCAUUGAACAUAUUCAGAAAGAUUAAAGGCUAAUGAUGAGAAAUAUCGAAUGAAAACCAUCGGAUUUGUCGAUAUUUGCAAAUUUGUUCAUAAAAAAGAAAAGGAGCUUCAUAAAAAAACACUGACAUGGAAAACCGACCAUGUUUGACUAGUAAGUAGUAUUUCAGGUAUAGAAAUCUUUUCUUAAAAAACGCUUUAAGUAGCGUUUUUAUUGUCGUCGGUAGUCGUUGGUUUGAGAGAAAGUCAAUACUUAUCAGUUUACCCUUGAACUCAACGUCUGAUGUACCGUCAAGUACAGAGAUUCUUGCACCACACGAAUGCGGAAUAUAUUACCUGCGUGUCCUUUUCCCAGUCAAUGUGUAUGGUUUCUCCUUUUUUUCCCGAAGCUGUUCAUCAUGUGAUACCAAAAACUAAAUUCACAAUCAAGAAAAUUUAUAAAAAGAAAAUCAAUUUUUGUAUUUUUCAUAAGAAUUUAAUUAAUUUAUAUAUUUUGUUCCUUUGAAUUUUAAAUUAUAAAAUAACAGUGACAUAUUUAUAAAAUAUAUCUUCUAUUUAUAACAAAGUA